CAGCUGCCAGAAGCAGCUCUCUCCCACCAUGAGAACUGUCCCUCUGCACCUGACCAGGACAGUAAGCCUUGGCCUUGGCUGCCUGUUCCUGCUUUCUCUCUGCCUGGAUGCAGGCCAAGCCAAGGAGUUGAAGUUUGUGACAUUGGUGUUUCGGCAUGGAGACCGAAGUCCUAUCGAUACCUUUCCUAAUGACCCCAUUAAGGAAUCCUCAUGGCCACAAGGAUUUGGCCAACUCACCCAGCGGGGCAUGGAACAGCAUUAUGAACUUGGAAGUUAUAUCAGGAGAAGAUAUGGAAGAUUCUUGAACGAUUCCUAUAAACAUGAUCAGGUUUAUAUUCGGAGCACAGAUGUCGACCGGACUUUGAUGAGUGCUAUGACAAACCUUGCAGCCCUGUUUCCCCCAGAAGGGAUCAGCAUCUGGAAUCCCAGCCUGCCCUGGCAGCCCAUCCCAGUGCACACAGUGUCACUGUCUGAAGAUCGGUUGCUCUACCUGCCUUUCAGGGACUGCCCUCGUUUUCAAGAACUCAAGAGCGAGACUUUGCAGUCUGAGGAAUUCCAGAAGAGGCUUCGUCCAUAUAAAAGCUUCAUAGAAACCUUGCCAUCACUGUCAGGAUUCCCUGGCCAGGAUCUUUUUGGAAUUUGGAGUAAGGUUUACGACCCUUUAUACUGUGAGGGUGUUCACAAUUUCACCUUGCCCUCCUGGGCCACCAAGGAUGUCAUGACUAAGUUGAGAGAGUUAUCAGAAUUAUCUCUGCUAUCUCUUUAUGGAAUUCACAAGCAGAAAGAGAAAUCUAGACUCCAGGGGGGUGUCCUGGUCAAUGAAAUCCUCAAGAACAUGAAGACUGCCACUCAGCCACACAAGUCCAGAAAAUUUGUCAUGUACUCUGCACACGACACUACUGUGAGUGGCCUGCAGACGGCGCUAGAUGUUUAUAAUGGACUUCUACCACCCUAUGCUUCUUGCCACAUAAUGGAAUUGUACCAAGAAGAGGGGGAACACUUUGUGGAGAUGUACUAUCGGAAUGAGACCCAGCACGAGCCCUACCCACUUACGCUGCCGGGCUGCACCCACAGCUGCCCUCUGGAGAAGUUUGCAGAGCUACUGGACCCCGUGAUCCCCGAGGACUGGGCCACGGAGUGUAUGGGAGCAAGCAAUCACCAAGUCCUGAGGGUCAUCCUUGCCAUUACCUUUUGCCUGGUAUCUGGUAUCCUAGUGAUACUGCUGUUUACCCUCAUCCGCCACGGGCCCUGCUGGCAGAGAGACGUGUAUCGGAACAUCUGA